UGAAAAUUAUCGAUCCAGAGAAUCUAGAGGGUUGUUCUCGCCCAAAUUCGAAACGCGAUUGGUCAGGGGGUGGUUGCCGUAAGGGUAAAGAGCUGCGAAAUCUACCCUCUUAUCAGAGAUUUAGAUCUCAGUUACAUUCUGGAUCUACUCGGAGAGUCAAGUGUUGGCGUGAUUUUUUUUUCCGGAAUUUGUGUCAUCUAAUCUGAUCAAAAUUAAGAUCCUGGAAAACUGGUAUUCUAACUCCAACGACCACGAUGGCAUGAUGAACCUUGACGAUAUCGAAAAUAGAGAGGUUCUUCAAUCGAUCACGUCAUGCGCCAACGUGACGCCUAAGAAAAAAGACAAAUCCAGUGACGUACCAAUGCUGAGCAGAGAAGAACGGCGUCGUCGACGCAGAGCGACUCAGAAAUACCGGACGGCUCAUGCUACAAGAGAACGGAUCAGAGUCGAAGCUUUCAACGUGUCGUUCGCGGAACUCAGAAAACUUUUGCCCACAUUGCCUCCCGACAAAAAACUAUCGAAAAUCGAAAUUUUGAGGCUCGCCAUUUGUUAUAUAGCUUAUUUGAAUCAUGUUCUCAAGUCUUAA